ACUGCAAGUAGUCAGGAUUCUCGCAAACUUUCACGACUUAUUUCCAAGUGAAUUUUUUGUUUUAGAGCACAAGAAUAACACUGUGAACUAAAACAAUGUGAUUUAGUUCUAACCAUAUGACGUAAAUCUAUUUAGUGUUUUUCUGCAAUAAUUUCACGUAAAAAGUUUAAUGCGACAUAUAUAUAGGAAAUAAUUAUAAUAGAGAUUGUUUACAAACUCUGGAAAUACGAAAGUAUUAUUACAAGAGCUGUCAAAACUGUGAAAAUCUGUACAACAAUGGUAUUCAGGAAGCCCGUAAAGACCUUAGCAGGAACAUGCAGUUUGACAAUUAUUUGUCUCAGCGUCCUCGUGGAUAGCUUUCACGGAAGUUCUAUGCCUAUGGGAAGAUACGGUCCGUUGCCCAAACUCAGCAUCAUCAACGGUACUGACGAGAUCAUCCGCGAAGAUCAGGAUGGAUUCCUGUACUGUUUCGCCAACCAGCCGUCGGGCAGGACGCCCUACGCAGUGGUCUGGACCAACCCUUACGGCAGACCCCUCGUCCCCUACGCCCGGGUCGACGUCAACACCGCUAAGAUCUUCACUGUGCAGGAGCGCUUCGUUCUGCCCCACUCCUACCUAGUCUUCCGGGGAUUUGACGAGUCUCUGGCGGGGAUAUACGCCUGCAACCUCCUCCACAGCAGCCGGCUCAUCGCAAGACAAACCAUCCGCCUUAGAUUCUUCCGGCCAAGCUUCAGGGUAGUGCCUUUGCCGCCGUGUUUAUCGGUGCCAGAGGGAGGAAGCGUGCUGGUACCUUCCCCGGUGGUGGGUAAGUCCCCCAGACCCACCGUGUGGAGCAGGCUGGGGAGUGAGCUGGACCCCGAGGACACUUACCAACUCCACUCCGGCCUCCUCCUCCAGAACGUUCAAGAACCAGGUGUAUACAGAAGUAUGGUGUGGCUGGGGGGAGGUCUCACCCACCAGCAAGAUGUGGCUGUGUCGGUGCUCUUGCAAGAUGGAGGAGGCCUGAUCCAGCCCAGAGGCGGGCCUGUCUGCCUGCCCCGGGACGACCCACAUCCUCCAUCCAAGACUAAACCCUCUAGCGUCGAUAUCGCCAACGAUCUCAUCGUUGAUAUCCAAAUUCACGCCUACCGCCGUCUGGUGUCUGAAGGAGACAGGAAGGGGUAAGUAGGCUACAGCCACUCACAUCAAAAGAGCCUGUCUCCCGUCUUCACUCUGUGAAGGAGGAAGAGUAAGGGGGGCAGGAUAACUGUCCUGAGGUAAUCAUCGCCUCAGUCCAUCACCCCGUACAAGUCUUAGGCGACGGUGCCGCCAUCUGACAACUUAUUUCGCAGCUCCACGUCCCGAGGGGGAGAUAAGAGUGUCAAGAAGCCUCGUGUCGGUUAGUUUAACGGAUUCAUUGUGGAAAGCGUUUGCAGUCGCUCUUGUUCUCGGCAGUUAACUACCC